AUGGAGAGCAACAUGCUCUUCACCCUGCUGGGGCUGUGUGUGGGGCUGUGCGUGGGGCUGGCGUCUGACUUACAGGAUGCAGAACUGAAGGACUUCAACAUAAACAAGUUUUUAGGCCUCUGGUAUGAGAUUGCCUUUGCCUCCACGAUGGAUACACAUGGCUUAGCGCACAAGGAGCAGAAGUUGGGAGCCAUGACAGUCAAGCUGGAAGAGAACCUUCUGGCUCUGACCACCACCUAUUACAAUGGGGACCACUGUGUGCUGGAGAAGGCCGGGGCCAUGCAAACAGACCAUCCAGGGAAAUUCAAGGUCACCAAAAUAUCAGGAAGCAAAGAAGUUGCUAUUGUGGCCACUGACUACCAGACCUAUGCCAUCAUAGACAUCUCUUCUCCAGUAGCUGGGACAGUCUACCGGGCCAUGAAACUGUACAGCCGGAGUUUGAACAACAAUGAGAAAGUCCUGAGAAAGUUCCAGAAGGUAGCCUUGGAGAAUGGGUUCACCACAUCAAACAUAAUCAUUAACAAGCAUGACUUAACCUGUGUGGACAUAUUGCAGUCGGUGAGUCUCCGAACUAAGCUGGGACUGUGCUGGGCACCCAGGCUGGGUCCACUGCUCUGGGGUCAGAGUUUUCUGCUCAAAGGCAUGGAUGUGCAGGAGCUCUUCAGCUAA